GUCCGGCCUUGGGACCGGCUGCCAUCUUAGUCCAGGGACUGAAGAGUCGCCGCCGCCCCGAGUCCCGGUAACAUGCAUUUAACAGUGGCCUUCUGGAGACAACGCCUUAAUCCAAAGAAGUGACUCCUGACUUGAACGGUGAGAACUUCAGACUCCAUGCUGAUAACGUUUGGUUGGAAAAUGGGAAAGGAGCUUUCAAUGACAUGUGAUCUUCAGAGCCAAAGGUGUCACUGUUGUGGGGGAAAGAGGAUGGUCCACAUCCUACCUCCCUGUUAAGGUUUGCUAUCCUAUUGGUGGUAUGUCUGACAGCGGAUCACAGCUUGGUUCAAUGGGUAGCCUGACCAUGAAAUCACAACUUCAGAUCACUGUCAUUUCAGCAAAACUUAAAGAAAAUAAAAAGAAUUGGUUUGGACCAAGUCCUUAUGUGGAAGUCACAGUAGAUGGACAGUCAAAGAAGACAGAAAAAUGUAACAAUACGAACAGUCCCAAAUGGAAGCAACCCCUUACAGUUAUCGUCACCCCUAUGAGUAAAUUACAUUUUCGUGUGUGGAGUCACCAGACACUGAAAUCUGAUGUUUUGUUGGGAACUGCUGCAUUAGAUAUCUAUGAAACAUUAAAGUCAAACAAUAUGAAACUUGAGAAAGUAGUGGUGACUUUACAGCUUGUAGGUGACAAAGAGCCAACAGAAACAAUAGGAGACUUGUCAGUUUGUCUUGACGGGCUGCAAUUAGAAUCUGAAAUUGUUACCAAUGGUGAAGCUACUUGUUCAGAAAAUGUUAAAGGUGCUUCACAGAGUGAUGAUGGCUCCAGACCCAAGGAGGAAACAAGAGUGAACACAAAUGGAUCAGAUGACCCUGAGGAUGCAGGGUCUGGUGAAAAUAGGAAGGUCAAUGGGAAUAAUUCUCCAUCACUCUCAAAUGGCGGUUUUAAGCCUUCUAGGCCUCCAAGACCUUCACGACCACCUCCACCUACCCCACGCAGACCAGCAUCUGUCAAUGGUUCACCACCUUCAGCCACUUCUGAAAGUGAUGGAUCUAGUACAGGUUCUCUGCCUCCAACAAAUACAAAUUCAAAUACAUCUGAGGGAGCAACGUCUGGAUUAAUAAUUCCUCUUACUAUAUCUGGGGGCUCUGGCCCUAGGCCAUUAAAUCCUGUACCCCAAGCUCCCUUACCACCUGGUUGGGAGCAGAGAGUGGACCAGCAUGGGCGAGUUUACUAUGUAGAUCAUAUUGAAAAAAGAACAACGUGGGAUAGACCAGAACCUCUACCUCCUGGCUGGGAACGCAGGGUUGACAACAUGGGACGUAUUUAUUAUGUUGACCAUUUCACAAGAACAACAACGUGGCAGAGACCAACAUUGGAAUCCGUCCGGAAUUAUGAACAGUGGCAGCUCCAACGUAGUCAGCUUCAAGGAGCAAUGCAGCAGUUUAAUCAGAGAUUCAUUUAUGGGAAUCAAGAUUUGUUUGCUACAUCACAAAAUAAAGAAUUUGAUCCCCUUGGUCCCCUGCCACCUGGAUGGGAGAAGAGAACGGAUGGCAAUGGUAGAGUAUAUUUUGUCAACCACAACACUCGUAUUACACAGUGGGAAGAUCCCAGAAGUCAAGGUCAAUUAAAUGAAAAGCCCUUACCUGAAGGCUGGGAAAUGAGAUUCACAGUGGAUGGAAUUCCAUAUUUUGUGGACCACAAUAGAAGAACAACCACUUAUAUUGAUCCCCGCACUGGAAAAUCUGCCCUAGACAAUGGACCCCAGAUAGCCUAUGUACGGGACUUUAAGGCAAAGUUUCAGUAUUUCCGAUUCUGGUGUCAGCAACUGGCCAUGCCACAGCACAUAAAGAUUACAGUGACAAGAAAAACGUUGUUUGAAGAUUCUUUUCAGCAGAUAAUGAGCUUCAAUCCCCAAGAUCUGCGAAGACGUUUGUGGGUGAUUUUUCCAGGAGAAGAAGGUUUAGAUUAUGGAGGUGUAGCAAGAGAAUGGUUCUUUCUUUUGUCACAUGAGGUGUUGAACCCAAUGUAUUGCCUGUUUGAAUACGCAGGGAAGGAUAACUACUGCUUGCAGAUAAACCCGGCUUCUUAUAUCAAUCCAGAUCACCUGAAAUAUUUCCGUUUCAUUGGCAGAUUUAUUGCCAUGGCUCUGUUCCAUGGGAAAUUCAUAGACACAGGUUUUUCCUUGCCAUUCUACAAGCGUAUCUUGAACAAACCAGUUGGACUCAAGGAUUUAGAAUCUAUUGAUCCAGAAUUUUACAAUUCUCUCAUCUGGGUUAAAGAAAACAAUAUUGAGGAAUGUGGUUUGGAAAUGUACUUCUCCGUCGAUAAAGAAAUUUUAGGUGAAAUCAAGAGUCAUGAUUUGAAACCCAAUGGUGGCAAUAUUCUUGUAACAGAAGAAAAUAAAGAAGAAUAUAUCAGAAUGGUAGCUGAAUGGAGGUUGUCUCGGGGUGUUGAAGAACAAACACAAGCUUUCUUUGAGGGUUUUAAUGAAAUUCUUCCCCAGCAGUAUUUGCAGUACUUUGAUGCAAAGGAGUUAGAGGUUCUUUUAUGUGGAAUGCAAGAGAUUGAUUUGAAUGACUGGCAGAGGCAUACCAUCUAUCGUCAUUAUACUAGGACAAGCAAACAAAUCAUGUGGUUUUGGCAGUUUGUUAAAGAAAUUGAUAAUGAGAAGAGAAUGAGACUUUUACAGUUUGUUACUGGAACCUGCCGAUUACCAGUUGGAGGAUUUGCUGACCUCAUGGGGAGCAAUGGACCUCAAAAAUUCUGCAUUGAAAAGGUUGGGAAAGAAAAUUGGUUACCCAGAAGUCAUACCUGUUUUAACCGCCUGGACCUACCACCCUAUAAGAGCUAUGAGCAACUGAAGGAAAAGCUGUUAUUUGCGAUUGAAGAAACAGAAGGAUUUGGACAAGAGUAACUUCUGGGAACUUGUACCACCGAAGGACAAGAACUUACUUGCAAUGUUUGUCCUUUUCCUACUCUGCCUGUUGCACAUCUUGUUGUAAAAUUGGACUGUAACUGUUUAGAAGGCUAUCUGAGUAUAAGUAAAUUAAUGUUAUUAGUUAUUGAGAUUUAUCUACCAGUGAUUCUGGAUUUUUACUCAGUGUUUCCAGAAAUCAGAUCUGCAGAUGACUAGUCAAAACUUUACUUAACAUGAGAUUUAACACAACAAUGAAAUCUGAUUCGUCUUAUUCCACUAGAUUGUUUCCUUAAUUAUGUAUAUGUGUAUCAAAGGUCUCACUCUUCCUUUUACAUUCUAGAACAAUAACAAACAUUUUAAACUCAUGUAUCUGUACUUUAAAACACUGCCAUCCUAAAGCAGACUUUAUGUGAGUGAAAGGAUUGCCUCAUCCAGAAAUUGUUAGUAUGAAGGGGGAGAGUAAGGCUCUCCCUCCUCAACUCUACAUUUAUUUUGUUUUUGUUUUUUUUAUUCCAUAUACUCCAAGAAAUAUAUGUAGUAUGGUCUCUAAAAGUCCUAGUUUUUUUCCCUAAAGUCAAGACACUCUACCUUUUGUUGGUAGGGGAGAAAAAAAUGCUGUUGCUUUGUCUUACAGAGCGAAUGUCUGCCAACUGCCCAU